AUGCUCACUAUUUUUCUACUCGGUUUUCUAACUGUUCUCAAAGCGAAAGAAUCCACGGUGGAAGUGCAGGGACUAUUUGUGUGUCAUACGCAGCAUAAGUACGAUCCAUUGCACGUCGAGUUGAUGGAACACGACGUGGUAGGAGACGACUUGCUUGCAUGGUCGAAUGUGCGCCCUCCCUACUUUUGGGAUCUUCAAGGGAAAGAGGACGAGAUGUUCAAUAUUCGACCCUUCCUCGUCAUUAAGCAUACGUGUAAUGGUAUUAAGGAACGGGUUGUCGUCGAAUUCGGCCGUAUUAGACGGAAUGUUUUUAUCGACUUCGGAAUACACGAUCUUGAGAAUCCAGAUUUUCCUAAAGACAUGAGGGAGAUGAUCAAGGAACAGAUUUGA